GUCACAUUAUGGCUAUCAACCUGACUGUGAUCCAAGUCAUAUAAAUACCAGCUGCUUCCAAACUCCCGUUACAGAACACAUUGGAAAACCUGUCUGGUGUACUGUCCAAAAACAAUCAUGAAGUUUGUGGCUGUAAUCCUUGCUCUUGCUAUUAUUUCAGGCUGCCAGGGGAACUUCCUGUUUCAGGAUGAGCCAAAAAGCCGCUGGGAAAAGGCGGUGGAUCAGUUCUGGAACCAUGUGUCCGAGCUGACCUCAAAGGCUGAGGAGAUGAGGGACAACAUCAAAGCCACCCAGCUCGGCAGAGAAUUAGACACACUGAUCAGUGACACCAUGAUGGAGCUGCAAAUGUACAAAGAUGACUUGCACACCAAACUGGGCCCUUAUGCACAGGAGACAGCCAAGAGAUUCAAUGAAGAUCUGCAGCUGCUUGCCACUAAGCUCCGCACACACAUGGAGGAUGCUAGGGAUCGUGUCAAUGAAUACACAGAGGAGCUCCGAACCAUUGUGGAACAGAACGCUGAUGAGGUCAAGAACAGGGUCAACACCUAUGCCAAAAAACUAAGGAAACGUUUUAACAAGGACAUCCAAGAGAUCAACAAGAAAAUGACAACAUACUUUGAGGAGGUUCACUCUCGUGCUGCUCAGAGUAUGGAGGAUGUGAAGGAUCGUCUCGAGCCUUACUUCACCUCAGUGCAUCAGCGUGCUGAAGAAAAGCUGACAACUCUGGCAGAUCUGUUAAGAAGCCAGGGUGAAGGAAUAAAAGAGAAACUGGAAUCACAAAUGCAGGACCUCAAAGAAAAAGUUGAGAAGAGCACAGAGAAUAUGCGUAACACAAUUCAGGGAAAGGCAGAGGAGAUACAAAAUUGGUUUGAGCCCUAUGUGUCUCAGGCCCAGAAGCAACUGGAGACAGUCAUGGAGGGCUUGUAAUAUCAGUGUAUAAGAAUGAGGUCUCAUAUAAAUUAGAGGAUGAAAUUUUCCACUAAACUUUGCUUACAGAAAUAAAGGUAUUGGAAAUGUAAAAGUAAUAAAAUAUACCAUUAGUACUAGGGUGAAUUCAGGUAAAGUGGGCCACUUUUUCUAAAACAUGUAAUUUAGAUACCUAUAUGUUUUUUUUCUUUCCCUUUUUUCUUUUGUUAACUUUAAGGUCCAGUCAUAAUAUUUCAAUUUGAAUACAGUUCAUAUUAAGUGUUAUUUGCAAGCUAUAUACCAAUAAACAUUUUGAGAUCAUGCA